GCGGCUGAGCUUCAAACAUGGCUUCUAUGGCAUCACCUCUCACAAGACACGGCAACUGCUUUCGUAAGUAUGGUAAUGGUUACAAUGGUCGCUCUCCUAUUUCUCGCAUCGCCGCUUCUCAGCAGGAGCACCCGCGACAGCUUCAGCCGGAGCAGAGGAAAUCGAACAACCAAAUGGGUCGACGGGAGAUUAUGUUGAGGAGCAGCGAAAUCGCAGCUAUUGCAGCUAUCCUCAAUUUAAGCGGAACAAAACCCAACUACCUUGGUGUGCAGAAGAAUCCUCCAGCACUAGCUCUGUGUCCGGCAACGAAAAACUGUAUAUCAACUUCAGAGGAUAUCAGUGAUCUCACCCACUAUGCUCCACCAUGGAACUAUAAUCCUGAAGAUGGACGUGGGCGGAAAAAGCCUGUUAGCAAAGAAGAAGCAAUGGCCGAGCUAGUCCAAGUGAUAGAAUCAAUGAAACCAGACAAAUUUACCCCGCGUAUAGUGGAGAAGAAAGAUGAUUACAUACGGGUCGAGUAUGAAAGCCCCAUACUGGGAUUUGUAGAUGAUGUUGAGUUUUGGUUCCCACCUGGUAAGAAAUCGAUAGUUGAGUAUCGAUCUGCAUCGCGUCUGGGAAACUUCGAUUUUGAUGUCAAUAGAAAAAGGAUCAAGGCCUUGCGCUUGGAGUUAGAGAAGAAAGGAUGGACUUCAGAGGGCAGCUUCUAAAGACUUCAUUCUAGACUUGUAACAAUUUGCUGUUAAUUAAUCAAUAAAGGAGAGCAAGUUGGGGGGGGGAGUGGGAUUGUCUAAUUUGUACCAGUUUUUCAACCACAGGUAACUGUUGGGUUUUGGAAACAUUGGUGAUUGAUUCGAAUGAUUUUUGUUAGCUAAUUUAAAUUUUGGAACAGUAA